UCCCUUUAAUACUUUCUAGCUAUUUUGUGAAUUAAAUUAUUCAAUUUAUAUAUAUAUUUUUUGAUACUGUGUUGGUAAUUGAUUUCUCCUGAUACUUGAUGUUGGAUUAUUCAUGUGAAUUUCCUGAUACUCGAUGCUUCUUUUUGGAGUGUUUGUUGACGUUAAUUUCUGUUUAUCGAAUGAUUUGUUCGAUUUUCUUAUUCGUUUCUCUCAGUUUUUAGUUUUGCAAUGUUUCAUUUGAUGGAUUUUAUGUGGCGUAAGUCAUGUGAAUUUCCUGAUACUCGAUGCUUAUCUUUGCUGUGUUUGUUGAUGUUAAUUUCUGUUUAUCGAGUGAUUUGUUCGAUUUUCUUCUUUGUUUCUCUCGGUUUUUAGUUUUGCAAUGCUUCAUUUGAUGUAUUUUAUGUAGCGUUUUUUUUAUGAUUGCAGAAAGUAAAUUUCAUGGGAUUCGUUGUUACCCAAUCAAGAAUAUUUUUCUUGGAAGACAUUUCCUUUCUCAAUUUCUCAUAUUAAGUAGAUAAAUAAUUUUAUUUCAAAGAAGUGGGAUUCAAUGCAAAUGUUACAAUGUGUGUGUGUGUGGACACGCAUGCGUGCAUGCGUGUGCAUGUGUGUGCGGCUGCCUGCGGGUGUGUGUGUGGGUGUGGGUGUGCAUGUGCGUUUGUGAGAACACCCCGGUGAGUUUUUAUAACACUUGCUAAUGGGCCAGAAAACUUUUAAAAAGGAUCCUCUCUAUGGGGAUUUGUUUGAUCCCAAAUUUUCUAUUUAAUACUCUUGGACGUAGUGAAUAAUUUCUAAAAGAAAAAAAUUGAAAAGAACAUAAAAAAGGGAUUUCAUUAAGGGAGAGAGAGAAAAUUUGGUGAACAGCCGUGGUCCAUUUCGGAUUUAAGCCACUAAGAAUUCAAUUUUUUUUUUUUAAAUUGUUCAUCUGGUGAUGAUGAGAACAUUUACAAACUUUGGGGUUGAAGAAAUCCCCUCAGCUAGGUUUUUCAAAAAUUUUGGACUUGUGAGUUAAUGAUAAAGAAAUUAGCUCAAACGAGUGUGUGCGUGUACAUGUGUGUGCAUGCGCAUGUGUGUGUGCACGUGCCGAAUGGUCGGCUUGGAUAGCCAUGUUCACUGACAGGGUGGGGGCAUUCUCAUCAUAUUAUUUGUGUGUGUGUGUGUGUGUGUGCGUGUCUAUAUAUAUAUAUUUUUAUGCAUGUGUGUGUGUAUUUUGCACUAGUUUCAGCGCCCAUGUUCCCCAAUUUUCAGCUCAAAGGGAUUUAUAGAAAGAAUUUUAAAAUUAAAAAAUACCCCUGCACAUUGUCCGUUGGAUGUGCUCAAAUCAAAUAUGAGCUGUCUGGCCUUUACUAUUUAAUAGGCCAGCCGGCUUUUAAACAUAUUUCCGGUGUGUGUUUAUGUGCCCACACGCGUGCAUGUUAGUGUUAGUGUUUUUGAACUUGGAGAAAAUUGGCAAAUGAUGGUUAACAAACAACAUUGGCAGAUAAUAUUGUGUGUUCAAGAGGCUUAUGGAUGAAGAGAAAGGUGUGAAGGAUGCAUUGCAUUCUUAAAGGCUUUGAGAAAAGUCAAUAAUGGCACUACCCCCUUUUGAUGCUGAAAGGGCUGAAUCAUCUCGACAACAUGUUGUAGCUCUUAACACGCAAUUUGCAAGCUGGGUGCAAUCACAGCUUAAAAAUCACCCUGAUGCGCUGUGGAUGGAUGGUGUACAAGACUAUAUUCGUCAUGCUUCACGUAUCAUGGAGGAAUUCAGUGAUAUAGUUGGUUGGCUUAGAGAAAAUGCAGCAGCUGCCAAUGGUGUUACUGAUGCAAAUAAACUGACGGCUAAGAAUAGAGUUCUGCCUGAAAUCAAGACUCAAAAAUUGCAAGCACAAGUUCCCAACACGAGUGGGUCCAAUCCAAGUGGUCCAUCUAUGAGCUUUGUGAACCCUUGGGGUGCUCCUCCAGCAUCAACCAAUCAAAUUUCAGUUUUUCCAGGAACUCAAAGUGCUACUCUUACUGCAAGGGAGACAUCUGACAAUGUGGACGAAGGUGAUGAAGUGGAACAACCAAGUAGCCCUUCCUUGAAGAAGACUGAAGAGCAAGGAGUCAGAGUGGUACAUGAAGUCAAGUGCAAGUUAUAUAUAAAGCCUGACGAUCCAGUUGAGAAGGGAUGGAAGGAUAUGGGUAUGGGUCAACUUUCUAUAAAAUGUGUUGAGGGUGCUGCAAAAGCUACGAAGGAAUCUAAACCAACAAUUAUAAUCAGGAAUCAUGUUGGGAAAGUGUUGCUUAAUGCUUUGAUUUAUCCGAGCAUCAGAAUGAAUAUUCAAAAGAACACUCUCGCUACAAUAUUCCAUACUUCGGGUGAUGGUUUCUCUGGUGGAACGGAAACAGGUAAAGAUAAUGAUAUUGUCGUAGCUCGCACAUACUUGUUAAGGAUGAAAUCUGAGGAGGAGACAAAUAAGCUUGCUGAAGCCAUCAAAGUGUACACUCCAGUGCUUGAAUAAUCUCUCAUAUGGGUAGGGACUUGUCAGGGUCUAGAUCCUGAGCCCCCAAGAGUUGGGCCAAGAAAGUUUUAACAGGAGAAGUCCUAAAAAUUUAUGUAAAACCAGGAGGUUCUGGUGAUUUGGGAGUUUCUCGACUCAAAAUUAUCUGGCUCCUGAUCCCAUCGGACUCAGAUGAUUGCCAAGUCGAGAUUAACAUUUUCAAUGUAUAGAGUGACACUGAAUCAAAGCACACCAUGUCUUGAUGGAUGGUGAGGACACAUUUGUAAACACUGCUGAGAAUACCACUUGCUGCUAGAGUCUGUUUGUUACCAUACCACUUGAUAAGUUACUUGCCUAUUGUUUUUGGUUGGUUGAGAUUAUAAAACAAAUUAUUUUUUGGUAUACAUUAAUUUAUUCUCUUUGUUACCUUAUUACACAAAUUUCUAAACACUUGUCGAAAGGACUCUCUCUCUCACUCUAUCUCUCAUAAAAAUGAAACUUAUGUAAGAAUCUAUGUAACUUGGACACGUGUAUCUAUGACCUUUGAAAGUUGUUGGCACAUCAAGAAAGACAUAUUGUUUGACACUUUAGAAAUUUAAACACACUAUUUUAGCCUUUUUCUUGAGAAAAGUUCACUUUGAAAGAACUUAACUUGAAAUCCCACCCAGACUCCCCUCACGUUGAGUGAUGUAUGGAUGUGCAUGUUUCAAUGGCCAAUUUUGCUGUUCUUAUUUCUGAUAUGCGCAUCGUGUUGUUAUGUAUUUGUGAGGAUCCUUGUAGACAACUGCUGGGAGCAAUGUUGUUAAAUUUGCUUUUGGCUUCGGUCUUCAAAGCGAAGCAAAAGUUGUAGCUCAGAGAGAGAGAGAGAGAGAGAUUGUUGGGUAAACGGAGAAUUUACAUCCUAGUAAUUUGGAGUUAAGAGAGAGAGAGAGAGAGAGAGGGAAGGAGGGAGAGAAAAAAAGUAAACUAGAAAAAUAAUAGACAAGAAUAAGGGUGAGAGAAUAUCCAUCCAAAAUCACAAGACUCGAGCAUUUCUUCUUUUCUUCUCUCUAUUUUUUUUGGGUCUAAUAAUUAUAUAUUUAUAAAAGAAAAUAACCUUAAACCUAAUUUUCUUCUUAAGAAAUCUGAAUUAAUUUUAAAUCCUAACCUUUCAUCCUUUAUUUGAAAAUAAACUUUUUUGCUCUAUCCAUCAAUUGUCUACAAUUAAAAAAUAUACAAGUGCCCUCAUAGAAAACUAGAAAUCCAAAAUAAUCUCUAAGCUGUUUAUUAAGGUGUUGAGAACAAAGAAAUUGCUAGAUGAACGGAGGAAAUGUAUUGUGGUACCUAUUUACAAGAACAAAGAAAGCAUACAAAAUUGUGCGAAUUAUCGAAGGAUCAAACUUAUGAGCCACACCAUGAAGCUUUGGGAGAGAGUAAUCGAGUAAGGAUUAAGGCAAGAAACAAGUAUAUCAGAAAACCAAUUCAAUUUGUGCUAGGGAGGUCAACAACUGUGGUUAUUUUCCUACUUAGGCGAUAGAGAGAAGUUUAGGAUGAAGAGAAAAUCCUACAAAAUAAAAAAAGUACCUAUUAAAUCAUUCUUUUGGGGUGGGAGAAGUUCAACCUCGAGCUUAUUGUGUGCAAUAUAUCUCUCAAAAGCUAAUUGAAUAACCAAUGUAGUCUUAUUAUUUAUUGAUGUACUUUGUAUUAUUUAUUAGAUUAAUCAAUCACACUUGAUGUGCAACAUGUAGUGGAACAUUGGGAUGCGAAGUAUAGUUUUGAUUUCAUUUUUAAGUUUUUCAUAAAACUUGGGAAGAUUAAUUUUGAUAUCAACAUUUUCUCAAAACAUAUAAGCUCAACUGGUAGUGGAGUUUGAUUAAUCCUUGCGAUAUUUUUUAGUCAUUGCAAUCACUGAAUUAUUUCACCAAUCAUUGCAACCUAGAGUGAGAUUUGGUGUCGGAUUUAUAUGAUUGUGAGCACCAUCUUGUAAAUGAGCAAUAUUUUUUAAUCAUUGCAAUCACUUAAUUAUUUCACCAAUCUUUCCACGAAAUGUGCCUAUAUCUUCUUGAAUUUAGUGGAUUUGGCUUGGACUAUCUUCCAUGACUUGAUUUAUGUUCUAUUUAAUUUGUUGAUUCGCAAGCUCCACUGUAGCAUACUUCCUAAGCCGCAAGAGUGAAUUUUGGUGGCAUUAUGAUUUAUAGACCCUUCUGUAGCUCUGAUAGCAAUUGGCGUGGGGAAGGAGUGGGAAAAAAAUAGCAAACUAGAAAAAUAAGCACAAGAAUUAAAAUGUGAGAGAAUAUACUCUCUCUAGGGUUUGCGGGGAGUCUAAUCUAUUUUUUUUUCUUUUUUCACAAGACCCUAAAAUAUAACUUCUCCCCAAUAAAUUCUAAUCAGUAUUAAAUCCUAACCCUUUAUUUUCUAAAAAAAAAAAAAUUUCAGUUCUACCCAGACAAUUCUCUACAAUGAAAAUGACCCACCCCAAACCCCAAAUCUAAAAUCUAGAACUAGUAAACUAAAAACAUUAAAAACCUUUUAUAUCAUACUUACUUCCAUGUAAUUUGGGGUGAAAGAGAGAUUACAUCCUCGUAAUGUGGGAUCUGAAAGAGUGAUUUCAUCCCCUCCAAUUUGGGUUUCUAAACUAGAAGACUCAUCUACAAGGUUUCCCGAGGGAGUGCAAAAAUGCUCCUAGUAAUAUUUUUAUUUUAGCAAAAGACUUGUAUAAAAAGAAAUACGUUUAUGUAAGGUUGCAACCUUAUGUUGUAGAAGUAAGUGUACCUCAAAAAUCCUAUAGGAAAGAGUGUUACUGAAAUUGGAAGACCAUCCAAUUGAUCAUUUCCACCUUGAGAUGUAUAAAUUUAAAUAAUAGAAAGAGAGAGAAUCAGGUCCUAAAAAUGUUAUAUCUUAUAACACGUUAUCUAGACCAUCUAAUUCAAGAUUUUUUAAAUGUUUAUAAAUUUACUCAACUUGCACAUUUUAAAAUUUCAUGAUUAGGGUUGAACAUGGAUUUUCAAGUCAUUAUAAGGUUUCCUAUAUUGGAACUAUAUAAUUCAGUAAAAUUUAGAGGUGUGCCUUAUCUGUACAAAAAAAAAUUAAAAAUAAAAAAAAUAAUGUAGGCAGAAACCUCACCCAUUUAAACAAUGGUAUUAGGUUAGUUUUUUAGGCUUUAUGGGAUUCCUCCAUCCAAACUAAAAUGUCUAGAAGUCCGUGUAAUAAUUUGUUGAAUUAUUGCUAAUUUAUAGCCUAUAAAGAGUACUCCCGCAUGAGCACGCUAUAUAUUACUCCCUAGGUCAAAAGAACUGCUGGAUAGGAUUUUGAAAAAGUUUUGGGAUACAUUUCACAGUCACCGGAAAAAGAACCGAAUGAGUAUUUUAAAAAAGAAAAAA